GCGGCACGGGAGGCGGAGGCAGGGACGGGAAGGGAAGGGCCGCCCUCGCCCACCCCGGCGGCGGAGAGCGAGCUGGGGGAGCGGAGGCGAGGGGCGGGAGGAGAGGGAGCGCGGGCGCGGGGCGGCUUCCCGCGGGCGUGUGCGGGGCCGCGGAGGCGGCGGGACGCGAGGAGGCGCGCGGGGCGCAUGGAGGAGCCGGGGCCGGCCCGGGCGGCCGGCGAGCGCUGAGGCGGCGGCGGCCCGGGGGCGCUGCGGGCACGGCCGCCGCGGAGCGAGCCAUGCGGGGGGCGAGGCGGCUGGCGGCUCUGCUGUGCCCCCUCUCCCUGCUCGUCGCCGCGUCGUGGGGAGUCCGCUUCCACCCCGGACAAGAGACCUUGGUGAAGCAGCUCUCCUCUUACGAAAUCGUCACACCUGUCCGAGUGAAUGAGUUUGGAGAAGUUUUCCCGCACACGCAUCACUUCAGAAGGAGGAAAAGGAGCUUGGAGGCACCGCUGGAGCCCGCUGCUUUCCGAACACAUUACCAGCUCAGAGCGUACGGGCAGGUCUUCCAGCUGAACCUGAGUGCUGAUGCAGGAUUCCUCGCUGCUCAGUACACGGUGGUGCACGUCGGGGCCCCGCAGAAACAGCCGUCCUCUGAUUUGCGGCACUGUUUCUACCGCGGGCAUGUCAAUGCCCAGGAAACGCACAUGGCUGUCUUCAGCAUCUGUGGUGGUUUGAUGGGCACCUUCAAGGCACAUGAUGGUGAAUACAUUUUAGAACCUCUGAUGAAAGUGGAUGGAGGUGAACAUGAAGAUGAACAUAACAAACCACAUCUUAUAUACAGGCAUGAUGAUCUUAAAAAAGAGUAUCAGAAAUCCUAUAAACCUUGUGAAGUUUCAGAGAAAGAGUUGCAGAAGAGCACAUUAUUACAUCCAACCUUCAGCAGUUUAGAUGAAAAGAGCAGCAUUUUACAGAAGUUUCUCAGUUCAGAGUAUGCUUUAAAUAACAUCUCUGUAGAGGAUGGUGGCAAUCCACAUUCCAGGAAGAAACGUUUUCUUUCCUAUCCAAGAUAUGUAGAAGUGAUGGUCACAGCUGACACCAAAAUGGUUCGUCACCAUGGGCAGAAUUUACAGCACUAUGUACUAACACUGAUGUCAAUAGUUGCAGCUAUUUAUAAAGAUUCAAGUAUUGGAAAUCUUGUAAAUAUAGUUAUUGUCAAAUUAAUUGUAAUUCACAAUGAGCAGGAAGGACCAGCUAUCACUUUUAAUGCAGCUACCACUCUGCGUAAUUUUUGCUUAUGGCAGCAAGCACAAAACACUUUGGAUGAUACUCACCCUUCUCAUCACGAUACUGCUGUUCUCAUCACGAGGGAAGAUAUCUGCAGAGCUAGAGAGAAGUGUGAUACUCUUGGUUUAGCAGAGCUAGGUACAAUGUGUGACCCACUGCGCAGUUGUUCUGUAAGUGAAGAAAAUGGAUUGAGUGCUGCUUUUACUAUAGCACAUGAGCUUGGACAUGUGUUUAAUGUGCCUCAUGAUGAUAGUUUCAAAUGUAAAGAAGCUGGAAUUAAACACCAAUAUCAUGUGAUGGCUCCAACUUUAAAUUAUCAUACAAGUCCAUGGACCUGGUCAAAAUGCAGUCAAAAAUACAUCACUGAAUUUCUUGAUACUGGUUAUGGUGAGUGCCUCCUAGACAAACCUAGUGGAGAAACAUACCAUCUCUCCUCUCAGCUGCCUGGGUCAAUGUAUGAUGUCAACAAGCAGUGUGAGCUUACUUUUGGUAUCGGGUCACAAGUAUGCCCUUACAUGAAACAAUGCAAACGCUUAUGGUGCACAAGCACAGAGGGUGUUCACAAGGGUUGUCGUACUCAGCACAUGCCUUUGGCUGAUGGAACAGCUUGUGGUAUAGGCAUGCACUGCCGCCAUGGAAUUUGUGUGAGCAAAGAAAUGGAGCUGCGCCCUGUAGAUGGAGAAUGGGGACCAUGGGGACCAUAUAGCUCAUGUUCAAGAACUUGUGGAGGUGGAAUCAAGAGCACCACCAGGCUGUGUAAUCGACCAGAGCCAAGAAAUGAAGGAAGGUACUGUGUUGGUCGCAGGAUGAAAUUUCGGUCAUGUAAUACUGAUUCAUGUCCAAAAGGCAAAAAAGAUUUUCGAGAGCAACAGUGCUCUGAAUUUGAUGGCAAACACUUCAAUAUCAAUGGUCUUACCUCUGCUGUUCGCUGGCUUCCAAAGUACAGUGGUAUUGCUAUGAAAGAUCGCUGUAAACUUUUUUGCCGAGUUUCUGGAACAACUUCCUACUAUCAGCUGAAGGACAGAGUUGCUGAUGGUACUCCCUGUGGAGCAGAAACCAAUGACCUUUGUGUUCAAGGCUUAUGCAGGCAAGCAGGCUGUGAUCACGUUUUGAAUUCAAAGGCAAGGAGAGACAAAUGUGGAAUCUGUGGUGGUGAUAAUUCUUCAUGUAAGACACUUGCAGGUACUUUCAACAGUGCUCAUUAUGGUUACAAUGUUGUAGUAAAUAUUCCCAAAGGAGCAACAAACAUUGAUAUUCAACAGCACAGCUACUCAGGGAAACCAGAGGAUGACAACUACCUUGCUUUAUCAGAUGCCCAUGGAAAUUUUAUCUUGAAUGGAAAUUUUGUUGUAAGCAUGUCAAAAAGAGAAAUCAAUGUACAAGGAGCCAUUUUUGAGUACAGUGGUUCGAACAAUACCAUAGAACGAAUUAACAGCACUGAUAAAGUUGAAGAAGAACUAACCUUACAGGUUUUGUGUGUAGGGAAUUUAUACAACCCUGAUGUGCGUUAUUCAUUCAAUGUCCCGAUAGAAGAUGGAAGUGAUCUGUUUACGUGGGAUCCUUAUGGACCCUGGCAAGAUUGCAGCAGGAUGUGCCAAGGUAUUCGAAGAAGAAGAAUGACAUGUAUACGUAGAAGUGAUGGUGUGGUAGUGUCUGAUCAAAGAUGUGAACUUAUACCCACUGUCCCAAGUGUCUUUGAGCAGUGUAAUACAGACUGUGAAUUAAGGUGGCACAGUGUUGGCAAAAGUGACUGUACAUCCAAGUGUGGCCCAGGACAUCGGUCUGUUGAGAUCCACUGCAUGAAGUACUCUAUUGCAAGAGGACUCAGUGCUCCAGUGGAGGAUAAGUACUGUGCUGAUCAGCAGAAACCACCAGCCAGAGAGCCUUGCCAUGGUGACUGUACAUUAAGAAGUUGGCACUAUACAGAAUGGUCAGAGUGUUCCAGGAGCUGUGCAAGAGGUGUCAGAACCAGAGAAGCUUUUUGUAUGAACAACUUGGGACGUCAUCUUCCUGACAGAGAAUGCCAGGAACUUCCAAGGGUUGUAACACAGAGCUGCAAUGAAUUCUUAUGUCCAAGCUGGUCUGUUACUGACUGGAGUGAGUGCCCUGUGACAUGUGGCAAAGGAAUGAAGCAUCGUCAAGUCUGGUGCCAACUUAAUGAUGAACAACUGAGCGAUGAUUUCUGUAACCCAAAUGACAGACCAGAGUCAGUAACACUGUGUGAACUUCAUGAAUGUGCAUCUUGGCAAGUAGGGCCUUGGGGAUCAUGUUCUAUAACAUGCGGACGCGGGUACCAGGUGCGCGCAGUCAAAUGUGUUACUGGGACAUACCGCGUAAUCCUGAGCGACGACAGGGAGUGCAAUGCUGCCACUCGUCCUAGGGACAGCCAAGAAUGUGAAUUGCCCUCUUGUCCAGAAAAUACAAAAUUAUGGACUACUUCACUUCCUCUAGUUCAUGUGGGGAAGGUGACCCAAUGGAGAUAUGGAUCAUGGACCCCAUGCUCUGCAUCCUGUGGGAAGGGCGAUCGUGCUCGCUAUGUGAGUUGCAGAGAUGCUCAUGGAGAGAUAGCAGACGAGUCUUUGUGUGCUCAUUUACCACGACCCGCUGAAAUUUCAAGCUGCUUUAGCCCAUGUGGAGAGUGGAAAGUUGGAAAUUGGUCCCCUUGCACAGUUACAUGUGACAGUGGAAUAGUAACAAGACAAGUCAUCUGUGUCAAUUAUCAUCAGCAAAUCAGUGAGAAUUACUGUGAUCCUGAAGGCCGACCUCCUAAGGAACAAGAAUGUAACAUGCCACCAUGCCCAGUUCAUCAUCAUGUUCCAAAACUACAUGACCAUCCAAGCCAUUUUCCAGAAACAGGUUACCUCCCAAUACACCCUCCACAAGACAAUUUAAACCAGUGGAACCGUCCUUCCGUGGGAGGAUAUCAAUGGAGAACUGGACCCUGGGGAGCAUGCUCUAGUACUUGUGCAGGUGGAUUUCACCGCCGAGUUGUAGUAUGUCAAGAUGAGGAAGGAAGAAGUGCCAGUAACUGUGAUGAGGCAACAAAACCUUCAGAGUCGAGACACUGUGAUUCUGGACCCUGCCCACAAUGGAACUUUGGGAACUGGGGAGAAUGUACUCAGACUUGUGGAGAUGGAAUAAAGACAAGACUGGUGAUUUGUCAGCUUCCUACUGGCCAAAUGUUGGGCGAUCAAAACUGUGAAAUUCUAGACAAGCCACCUAACAUGGCACAAUGUAAUGUGCAUUCUUGCCCUGGUGAUGUUUCUUGGCAUCGGGGACCGUGGAAAUCGUGUUCUGUUUCCUGUGGAAAAGGUUUGAAGUUUCGUGAUGUGCAUUGCAUUAACAGCUUCCAAACAAAAAUAGAAGAGGACAACUGCAAACAUUUGAGAAAACCACGAACACACAAAAUAUGUAGAGCUGGAAGAUGUCCUUCUUGGAAGGCCAGCAGAUGGAAAGAGUGCUCUGUGUCGUGUGGAGUGGGGGUUCAGCGAAGGGACAUCUCCUGCCAGGUGUCAGGCCUGGCACGGGUGAGUGACGCCCUGUGCAGCCGCGACCGACGUCCCACCAGCAUGAGGCACUGCCAGCUGCGCCCCUGCCCACAGCACCACUGGCUGGCACAGCCGUGGGGAAAGUGCUCAGCAUCAUCUAGAAGAAAGGAGAUCUACAGGAAAGUAAAAUGUGUGAAUGAAAACCAGCUCCAAGUUGAUGACAGUUUCUGUGAUCGUGCCACAAAGCCUCCAUCAUCCAAAACCUGUGGAGUAUCUCCCUCUAAAUAUGUUGUGCUUACAGGAGAGCUGUCACAGUGCUCAGAGAGCUGUGGGUUUGGUGACCAGCAGAGGAUCCCCUACUGUGUUGGAGUCCACUCUGUGCAAAGGCGGCGCAUGCGUGGCCUUCGAGCUGUAGCGUACCCAGAGUGCCCGGUACAGCCAUCCCCCUACAUUUACAGAUGCAACCUCAAAGGAUGCUCACAAGCAGCUACCUGGACAGUGGGGAAGUGGACCAAAUGCUCAGCAUCUUGUGGAGUGGGGAUAAAGCAGAGGACAGUUGAGUGUAUGACUGAAAAUGGCUUAUCUAGUGACUUGUGCCUGCCCCAUUUAAAACCAGAUGCCAGAAAGAUCUGCCAUGAGAAAGAAUGUGAAAUUCUUACCACCUGCAAAGAUAUGCAGAUUAAAAAAGGGAUGAGAAGGGAUGGUGAAUACCUACUUAACGUUAAGGGAAGGAUGAUAAAGAUUUAUUGCUCAGGCAUGAACUUAGAGAAUCCCAAAGAAUAUUUGACAUUGGUAAAAGGUGAAGCCGAAAACUUUUCUGAAGUAUAUGGAUACAGGUUGCAGAAUCCAUAUGAAUGUCCCUUCAAUGGAAGCAGAAGGCAAGACUGUGCCUGUCGAAAUGAUUACCUUGCAGCUGGCUUUACGAUUUUUAGCAAAAUAAGAUUUGAUGUGGCAUCUAUGCAAAUUAAAACUACAGAUUUUCUUUUUGCUCAGACUAUAUUGGGGAGAGCAGUACCAUUUGCUACAGCUGGAGAUUGCUACAGUGCAGCCAGAUGUCCACAGGGCCAGUUCAGCAUUAACUUGGCUGGUACAGGUCUGAGAUUAUCCAGUACAGUGAGAUGGAUUGCUCAGGGCAACUAUGCCACUGCUGACAUACACAAAUCCCACGUGAGUCAAUGCUGUUGUCCUUCACCUGCUCUUACAGCUUGAACAAGAGGAUGGUACUAAAAUAUAUGGAAGAUGUGGAGGAUUUUGUGGAAAAUGUGUUCCUAACACAAUUAUUGGUCUCCAACUUCAAGUACAGUGAGAACUCUGAUGUACUAGGAGCAUCAAAGCAGGGACAUUUGCCAUUUAGGCUCAAAUUGUAGGUGCUCUGUAUGUGUAUAUUGUAAUUUUUUCAUGUCUGUAGUGAUCAUUACUAUAACGUUCACUAAUAAGAAUUCCUGUUUUCUUCAGGAUUAACUCAAGGUUGUAUUAUCUGUUUAUGGGCUAGCAAGCGCAUAAAUCACAAUCAGAGACCUUCAGGUUUUACAGGAGAAGCAUUUAUUCAAAGUACAGUAUGUACUAACAAGUAAAUUGCACUGGGAUUACUUCCAUGGGUAACACUCUAAAUUUUACCAUAAUUGUAAUUCUUUAUCUGUAACUUACCAGUAUAAUUCUUUAUGCAGUAUUCAGUAAAAUUUUUCCUCUACUGAUCUUUUAUGACAGAUUGUGCUAAAAUAUAGAAUCGAAAGCUUUACUGCUAUAUAAAGAGACGGGAAAUUUCAAUACUUCCAAUUUUAUGCAAACUUGUAGGGUUUAUCUGUCAAUAACUUGCAGCUGAAAAGUACAUAGCCAAAACGCUUGAGAUAGUUUUAUAGAUCUGUGUGUUUCUCUGUCAGUAAAAGCAUUUUUCCCCGUCCCUUUCAUUAUAUUCUUUGUGGUGCUCAAAUCCUUGCAGAAAUACUGAGACGUGUGGUUUAACCUCUGUAGUCUCUAUAGCACAUGUUAAACAUCAGGUCUUAGGUUUGCUGUGGUUACAGGAAAAGAAAAUAUGGAAACAAAUUGCUUCAAAACCUGAUUUUAAAUCGCUGCCUCUCAUCCAAGUAUACUGUGAAAGCAGUGCAUUCUGUUUACCAUGGGAUCUUGUGUAUAAUUGCACAAAUAUGUAUUUGCUUAAACACUUUCCAUAUCCACCUUACUCCUUUACCCUGGCCAGUGGCACAUUAGUAAAGGCUGCAGUAGUCUGCAUCCUUCAAAGCCUGAUUCAGCAUCAUUUUCAAUAACCUUAGUGAAAAAUCUAAAUGGAGACAACACCCGCUGUGGUUUUGGUGUCCAUCUUUGACUCAGUUUGGUUUUUCAAUGUCUGUAAAUACAGUUCUAACAUCUGCUGUUUAAAGAAGAGUUACAGGGUUUAAAAAAUGAUCUAGCUCUUUGAUUUUUUGGUUUGUAUUUUCUUACAAUCCAGAACUGUAGAAAUAUAUGCAUAUACAGAUAAUGUGUUUUAGGGCCAACUCUCAGGUAUUCAGAAUAAAAUUUUCUACCAGCAUAAUAAUGUAUAUUAUUGUACCAGAUAAUUAUAAUGUACCAAAUAACUAUACAUGUUUUUUCUGACCACACAUAUUUUGUAAACCAAAUAUUUAUUUUGCAAGCCAGUAUAAUUGGUAGAUCAAGUGGCAGCUGUAUUACAUUUGUAUCCACAAAAGUUAGCCAUGAAUUAGCAAUAUUUAUUAAUUAAAAACAAUACUGUACCACAGAAGUGUAUCCAGCUUCUUUUAAGAUAACACAUGUAGGUAAUUAUUUGUGAUCUCUGCAUCAGAAAUGUAUUUUUGCACUA